GAUUGUUUCUCUUUGAUAAACCCAAAUCGAUAAAUUCGUUCCAAUUCCAGUGAGCUCCGGAAAUGGCGUCCUUCAAGUUGAUGCCUUCUUCCAAUUCCGAUCUGUCUCGCCGUAAUUCUUCUUCUGCUUCAUCUUCCCCUUCUGUAAGAUCAUCUCACCAUCUCCGACCAAAUCCUCUAGCCGAUCACUCCAGAAUCAGUUUCGCUUACGGCGGAGGCAACGAUUACACUUUCGCGUCUGAUUCAAAGCCCUUCGAGAUGGCGAUUGAUGUUGAUCGGAGUAUCGGAGAUCGGAACAGCGUUAACAACGGUAAGAGUGUGGACGAUGUUUGGAAAGAGAUUGUAUCUGGAGAGCAAAAGACCAUCAUGAUGAAGGAGGAAGAACAAGAAGAUAUAAUGACGCUUGAGGAUUUCUUAGCCAAAGCAGCAAUGGAUGACGGAGGUUCAGAUGAAAUUGAUGUUAAGAUUCCACCGGAGAGACUCAACAACGACGGUAGCUAUACAUUCGAUUUUCCGAUGAUGUCUCAGCCGCAGCUACACAGUUCGUUUCAGAUGAUUGAAGGAUCAAUGGGUGGAGGAGGAACAAUGAGAGGAAAGAGAGGGAGAGUGAUGACGGAGGCAAUGGAUAAAGCUGCAGCUCAGAGACACAAGAGGAUGAUCAAGAACCGUGAAUCCGCUGCUAGGUCUCGAGAGAGGAAACAGGCUUAUCAAGUUGAGUUAGAGACUUUGGCUGCGAAACUAGAGGAAGAGAAUGAGCAGCUUUUGAAGGAGAUUGAAGAGAGCACUAAAGAGAGAUACAAGAAGCUCAUGGAGGUUCUGAUUCCGGUCGAUGAGAAACCAAGGCCAACGUCGAGGCCCCUAAGCAGAAGCCAUUCCUUGGAAUGGUGAAGUGGUAAAAAACCUUUUGUAUGUAAAAAAAAUAAAAACAUAUGGGCUUGAUUACUAUAUUAUAAUCUAUAUAGUAAAGUGAUGGUGAUAUGGUUAGUACUUAGUUACCUGUAGUGUCUCUCAGGAAUGUAAUGUAUAAUACAUAGCUUUUGCUGAU